GCUUAUAUUUUGAGAUGCACUUUCAAGCUUGGUGGGCAUUGCGGGGGGCCUGGCGCCUUCCACGGCCAGCAGGGCGGGCUCAGCACCCGUCCGGGAUUCAGGUAACCUCGGCGCCUGCUGGUGGGUGUCAGGUGGGUCUGGGGCGUCACUUCUUUUAUGGAAAGAUUCAGGGAUCAAACCUCCUUGCGGGGCAAGGUGAGGGGCAGCUGGUGGCUUGGACUGUUACGCACUGUACUCAGAGGGGCGUCUGGCAGGGGAGCCUGCCCCAGCUCCUUAGCUGCCGGGGGGCAUGGAGCGGGGCUGCUGCCCUGCCGUGUGUUCCUGUGCGUGGGUGUGCGGUGCCGCCCUCGCUACCACCCUGAGCUUCCUCAGAAGCCACCGUGUGUCACCAUUGUCUGUCACGUUGCGGGUGCCCCGGGCUGCGGCUCCCGCUCCACGCGCAGCUCUGCACACUCGGCUGAGCCUCUGCUGUCUCAGGCUGAAGUCCGCCGGCCUGGAGGGCUGGGGUGCCUCGUGGACCUCUGGGCUGCGCAGGGAGCUCAGGGCAGUGCUGUUACCUAAAAGUUUCUUUUUAGACUCUGAACAAAGUUGUCAAGUGGUGGAACUGAGUCUUACGUGUGUUGAUUAAUAGCUGUGCUGUGUCGUGUUGGGGAAAAUCCCCGGGGAGGAGUCUCCCGCCCCUGCCAGCAGCACAGCCAAGGCUGGCUUGCUCUGGCCUGAGGAAUGCCUGUUGCCCAGGGUGCCCUCUGGGGGGGGGGAGGGGUGUCCCGGAGAACAGGAAGUUCUUCUUCAAAACCUCCAACCUCUUCCGCUCUCCCCAACCCUGGCCUGGGUUGGGGGGUUAGAUCCGGUGGUCCACGAGGCCACCGACCUUGGCCCUGGAGGCCCUUAUUACUGGCCGGCAGGAGGACUGGCAGGGGAUCUUGCGUGCCAGGGGAUUUUGGCAGGGGGCCCUGGCCUUUUCUGCCAGCCCCGAUGUUUGCAACCGUGUGGGAACAGGCCCGCUGAACACUCUCUGCUGCCUGCACUUGCGGGCCUGGGAAGCAGCUCCUUUCGGCCAGCUCCUUCCAGGACGCUCCUUCCCGGCGGCUUCUGGCCCUGCACCAUGGCGCUCUGUUGCUCCUGCUAAGUUGCCUGCAAUAAAGGGUGUCCCGGGCCUCCAGCUGCUCCCAGGCCCAGGGUACCUGGGGAUCGGACUCGGCCACGGGGUGCCUGUGAGUCGGUGGCUUUGUGAGGUCGGCUCAAGGAGCGUCUGGGCACGGAGCAGGCGUCACCCACCCAGGAGCUGGGAGGUGGCCGGGGAGCCAGUGUCCCCACCCCACCCCCGUGCACUGUGUGAAUGCAAAUGCGUAUUAAACUUUUGAACCCACACUGACUCCCGGCCUUCCCUGUGCGGCUUCACAGGAUCUGUCCAUCCGGCGCUGGGCCGUGGCCAGCUCCGCCCACUGCAGGGGGCAGGCUGGGGAGAAUGAGGGGCAACAAGGCUGGGCCACUGGGCGCAGCUGGUAGAGAGCAUGCAGGUCCUGAGAGCGGCCCGCUGGCACCACCUCAGAAAACCAGGCAGGUGAAGACCAAGCCCUGCCCAGGGGACUGGAGAGCCUGGGGUCUGCUGCUGUUGCUGCUGGUCGCCGCAGGCACAGCGGCUGGAGGCCUGCUGGGCUUUGCUCACAGUCCUCCCAAGCCGCUCCCUGCGUUGUUCCGCCUGACCCUCCCGAGCCCCAGGGGGCCCCGGUCCAACCAGACGGCCCAGGUGGACGCGGCCCGGGACACGGCGACCCUCAGAGUGACCCCAGCCCAGAGCAACCGCAGCUGGGCCGUGCUGUUGGACGGGCAGAGCGGCCAUGUCUGCUACCGCCCGCCAGAGCACCGGGCCUGCUUCCUCCGCCCCAUGGAGCCCCGGGACCGCCAGGCCCUGCGGCUGCUGGUGAACACCUCGAGGGCCCAGGAGUCCCCCAGCCCCAGCCCGGCCCCCCACUACGCCCAGGAGCUGCUGGCCGUGCUCGGGAGCCACGAGGUAGACCCUGCCCAGGUGGGGGCUUCAGUGCGGCACCUUUGCGUGAAGACCCCCAUUUACUGGGCCCGUCGAGCAGUCGGGCCCCAGAGGCAGCGGCUGAUCUACCUGUGCAUUGACAUCUGCUUCCCGAGCAGCGUCUGCGUGUCGGUCUGCUUUUAUUACCUCCCGGACUGAGCCGCCGCCCACCUGCCUGCCCACCGGCUGCCAGCCACACCGCAGGGCGAAUAAACUUCUCCACCCGCCCCUGUGUCCUCCAUGGUCUCCGGAC